GAUGGAAGCAAAGAUGUUAGCUAGGGUUUUCGUCUUUUAGAGCUCCCACUCCCCGUCGCCCCCAAAACCCUAGAAACCCAUCUUGAAAGUGAGAGAGAGAGAGAGAGAGAGCGAGGAGGAGGACGAGAUGGACAAGAGCAUGCUGGGAGAUCUGGACUCGCUCCCUGAGGAGGAUAAGAUCAGGAUGUCCUCGAUGAUUGACCAGCUCCAGAUCCGCGACAGUUUAAGAAUGUAUAAUUCACUGGUAGAGAGAUGCUUCUCUGAUUGCGUGGAUACCUUUCGGCGCAAGUCUCUUGAUAAGCAGGAGGAGACGUGCGUCCGCCGAUGUGCAGAGAAGUUCCUGAAGCACUCUAUGAGGGUUGGAAUGAGAUUUGCAGAGCUCAACCAGGGUGCUGCCACGCAGGAUUAGACCCCAUUCAUUUCAAAAGAACAAAGUCGCUGUGAUUCUGUGAUUCUUUUCAGAAAUCACUUCAGUUCCAAUACUGUUUUUAUGAUACACAUAUUCUUUUGCAACAUAUUUAUUUCUCAAUGGUUAUACCCUUGCUGAAGGGGGAUGAAGGAAUUUUUGAUUUUUUUCUCGAUGGAGAUUGAGUGGUCAAAUGUUGCAACGAGUUUCUGACUUGGCAGGUUCUAAUUCCCUAAUUUCAGUAUGGUGAAUGCUCAAUUGUGGUAUUCCUGAUCUAUAUGGUCUUGCAUCAGCAACCACAUUAGC